AUGAGUACCAACCAAGCACCUUACCAAUCCUCCAUCGGAGGCUACAACCAAGACCCGAAUUCCACCACUCCAAUUGGGACCAACGUCAACACAGCAGCUAGCACCGGAGACCCUUUCACUGGACCUGCCUCCAAGUCAGCUGGACCACAUAACUCCAACAUCGCCAACACUCUCGAUCCCCGCGUCGACAGUGACAUGAACAACCGCGCCCAGUACGCCCCAGGCAUGACCUCUUCCGGCAACGUCCACCCGGGCGCCACACAGAGCUACGACAAUCCGUAUAGCUCGAACGCGGGCCCUCACAGCUCCUCGGUCAUGAACAAGCUCGAUCCCCGUGUCGACAGCCAGACCGGUAACACGACCACCAAGACGACCAACGAUACGGGCACAGGCGCCUACCGUAAUCCUACCGACACCUCUGGAGUGGGCGCCGGUGCGGGUGCAGGUGCGGGUAUCACGCAGGGCUCGUCGACUACCUCCGUUGGGACGCCUGGAGUGGAAGACAAUCGCUCGCGAUAUGACCCCAACGUAUCGGGCUACAACCCUGCCACUGGGUCCGGAUACUCGACUACCGGCGGUGUGGGCCACCAGCCCGCCCCGGGAUCCAGCAGCUACGAUAACCAGGACUACCGAGCUGAGUAUGCGCCCAGCACUGAAAACAAGCAGUAUACUGCAGGUGGACACGGCCGUUCGGCAACCAAGGGCGAGGAGAUUGGCCGUGGGGUGAGAUCAGCCAUUGCCGGCGUUCACGGUGCUGGGGAGUCGUUGCGGGGAGCAAUCAAUACGGCUGUUGACAAGGCAUUUGGUCAUGAAGCAGGCGCAGCGAAGAAUCAGGCCAUAGCGAAUAAGGGUGAGCAGGAGAUUCGGUCGGGAACGCUUUCUGGCCAGAGGGAGACUCGUUAA